CACUUCCGGCCGGGGCGGGGCCAGCGCCGCCCCCGCCUGGGAGGCCGCAACGGCCGCGGGGCCUCGGGCAGCGGCGAGCGGGGCCGGGAGGAUGAGCAGGCCCCCGCAGCCGCCGGACGGACAGAUGGACACGGCAGCCCCGGCCCGCGCUGCUCGGCCGGCGCCAGCCGUGCCCAGGGCCAGCUGAGGACGGGGCGUCUCCGGGCCCGGCGUCGUUGCCGGCCUCUGUCGGAUUCGGAUCCUCCCUCGCUCCGGGCGCGGCCGCCUCCCCUCCCGCCUCGCCGCCGUCAUGAACGGGCUGUCGAUCAGCCAACUCUGCUGCCUCUUCUGCUGCCCGCCCUGCCCCAGCCGCAUCGCGGCCAAGCUGGCCUUCCUGCCCCCGGAGCCCACCUACGCCAUGGUGCCCGAGCCCGAGCCCGUGGGCAGCACGGGCUCCCUGCGCGGCGCCGCGGGCCGCUGGAAGCUGCACCUGAAGGAGAGGGCGGAUUUCCAGUACUCCCAGCGGGAGCUGGACAACAUCGAGGUGUUCGUCACCAAGAGCAGCCGGGGCAACCGCGUCGGCUGCAUGUACGUCCGCUGCGUGCCCGGCGCCAGGUACACGGUGCUCUUCUCCCACGGCAAUGCCGUGGACCUGGGGCAGAUGAGCAGCUUCUACAUCGGGCUGGGCACCCGCAUCAACUGCAACAUCUUCUCCUACGACUACUCUGGCUACGGCGUGAGCACGGGCAGGCCCUCGGAGCGCAACCUCUACUCCGACAUCGACGCCGCGUGGCAGGCGCUGCGCACACGGUACGGGAUCAGCCCGGAGAACAUCAUUUUGUACGGACAGAGCAUCGGCACCGUGCCCACGGUUGACCUGGCCUCCCGCUACGAGUGCGCGGCCAUCGUGCUGCACUCCCCGCUCACCUCCGGCAUGCGCGUCGCCUUCCCCGACACCAAGAAGACCUACUGGUUUGAUGCCUUCCCCAACAUCGAGAAGAUCUCCAAAAUCACCUCUCCUGUCCUCAUCAUCCACGGUACAGAGGACGAAGUCAUUGACUUCUCGCACGGCCUGGCGCUGUUUGAGCGCUGCCCCAAGGCCGUGGAGCCGCUGUGGGUGGACGGGGCCGGGCACAAUGACAUUGAACUCUACAGCCAGUACCUCGAGCGCCUUCGGAAAUUCAUCUCCCAGGAGCUGGCCAGCCAACGCAACUAGCCAGGGCAACAGGCAGGGGGGUUCUGCUUGUUUCUCCAGUUCUCCCAGUAGCUCUCCCUAGUCCCUGCUGCUGGAGCUGUAAUGAGUUUGCUCAGCCUCGGCUCCAGGCUCAGGAGAGGGCGGGAGGCCCUGGAAUGGACAGUGUUUGCUCUUGGCCAUGAGCACAGCUCUCCUCCCUGCUGGUGCCAGCCUGGCGCUGCUGGCACCACCGGCCAGAGAUGGCAGCUCCCUCCUUGCCCCUCCCCAGAGACAUGAGCCCACCCUCUGUGGGUGGAUCCUUGGCUUCAGACACGUCCCCAUCCCCUCUCCCGAACCGGCGACAUCCCGAGUCCCUCCCGGCCGCUCUGCUGCUCUGACCAUAGCAAUAAGGCGAGUUGGAGAGGGGCUGGGGACCGGCCCCUCGCGGUGUCCCCGUGCCUGGGACACAGGAGGUGGCAGUUCCUGCUCUCCAUGGAGCUUUCCCGGGCCCAGCGCUGGCGGUGCCCGGUGUUCACCCCCGGCUGGGGCAGAGCCGUGUCCCCACGGGGACGAUGGGGAUGCAUGGAGGAGGUGCCCCCCUCCCCACACCUCCUCCAGUCUGGUGCUGCUCGGCCUUCCCAGAGCACUCCUGGUGCUCAGGUCACCCCUGGAAAACCUCCUCGGGGCGAGGGAAGCAGGCAGCAAAUAAAGAGCAGAGGUUUAACGUUU